CAGUUUUUCUAUUUAGAUUUAGAUAUUAUUUUCGCUACAAGAUUUGCAAUUUCAUUAAAAAUGUUCAAUGUAAUCAGAUUGGCCCCCAUAGCUACACCAUUUCAUCUAGCCGAUUACGAUGUCGUGACAGAAUCAUCCUCAAAGACGGCAGCAUCCUUUGCAGAUCGCCGGCCGAAUCUGGAGACUGGCAAGGACAGAUUAUAUGCCAUGUACACUGUAGACGAAUUCGGGACCAUAUCACCGGAAAUAAAUUCUGUUUAUCAGACUGCAUUCGUGAGCUUUCUUACUGGUGCUGUGUACGGAGGAUUCAUUCAGUCGAGGGGAGCUUACAUGGAGUUUAUGGAAAAUAAUCAAGCUACUGCCUUCAAAUCACAUUUAGAUGCAAAGAAAAAGCUUCAAGACCAGGUCACAGUCAAUUUUGCCAAAGGAGCUGUCCGAUGGGGAUGGAGAUUGUCGAUGUUCACUACCACCUAUGUAGGAAUCGCGACCACAAUAUCGGUGUACCGAGGAAAGUCUUCGAUCUAUGAGUAUCUUGCGGCUGGCUUAUUGACCGGAUCCAUGUAUAAAGUGAACGGCGGAUUGAGAGGGAUGACAGUCGGUGGUUUGUUGGGUUGCGGUCUUGGCGGUUUGGCUGGCAUAUGUUCGUUGUUGGUGUUAAAGGCUUCGGGCAAAUCGAUGGAAGAAGUUAGAUACUGGCAGUACAAUUGGAAGCGUGAAAGAGAUAUGAUCGAAAUGGAAGCAGAUCUGGCUAAUUCGAUAAGCGAAAAAGAUCCGUUGCUGGAACAACGAGGCAACCGAUAUAAGGAAAAUACGUUGAAGAACGUUGAUCUGGAUGGGAACGCAAAAUCCGGUGGAAAUUAGUCAAAUGUUUUGUGUUAUUAUGAAAUUGUUAAUAAAACGCUUAGAUAAA